ACGGUGAGGAAUUUUCCUUCUCCUCGUAUUAUAUUAUCUCUUCCGCAAGUCUUCGCCUCUCUCUCUCUCCCUUCUAUUCUCUCGUCUUGGGGAAACCCCAAAGUCUCGAGCCGAGAUGUUGUCCUUCUCCUCCUCCUCCUCGUCGGCGACCGGCCGAGUCGAGAAGGCGACGUCCCAUCUGUUGAUCGGGCCCGAUUGGACGAUGAACAUGGAUAUCUGCGACAACAUCAACAACGAUCAGUGGCAGGCAAAGGAAGUGCUCAAAGCAGUUAAGAAGCGUUUGCAGAACAAAAAUUCAAAGGUUCAAUUCCUUGCUUUGACGCUUCUGGAGACAAUAAUAAAGAACUGUGGUGAGUAUGUACAUUUUCAGGUUGCUGAAUGCAAAAUUCUACAAGAAAUGGUCAAAAUUGUUAGAAAAAAGACAGAUAUGCAAGUACGGGAUAAAAUUUUGGUACUGCUGGAUUCUUGGCAAGAAGCAUUUGGUGGACCUGGUGGGAAAUAUCCACAAUAUUAUUACGCAUACAUUGAACUAAAGAGAUUUGGAAUACUAUUCCCGCAACGGCCAGCAAACACUCCACCAAUACUUACUCCUCCAGUUACACACUUGGCAUUAACAUCAGGACAUAGCCAAGUAGGGUAUGGUGUUCCAAGCAUUACUUCUACGAGACUUGAUGAAACAAUGGCAACUGACAUAGGAAAUCUGAGUUUAUCAGACUUCAGUCACAUUCGUGAUGUUAUGGGGCUAUUGAAGGAGAUGCUGCAGGCUGUGAACCCUAAUGAUCAAGGGGCCAUAAAAGAUGAAUUGAUCGUAGAUCUUGUGAACCAAUGUCGGACCAACCAAAAAAAGCUUAUGCAGCUAGUCAGCUCCACUGGGGAUGAAAAGCUUUUAGGAGAAGCUCUUGAACUGAAUGAUAACUUGCAAAGUGUGCUUGCGAAGCAUGAAGCCAUAGCCUCUGGAUCUCCUCUGCUUCACGAGCAACCAAAAUCCCUUUCGCAGGCGAAGGAGCCGAUCAAGCAUCCUGUUGCAAGCAGCAGCCGGGUUGAAGACGAAGACGAAGAUGAUGAAUUUGCACAAUUGGCUCGCAGGAACUCGAAUUUUAAGCAAGCUACAUCAGUUGAGUCACCAAAUCGGAGUGAUGUGACUAGGGUCACCGAGUCAAGUACCUCAUCCUCCGCCAUGAGCAAUGCCUUGGUUCCGCUUGAUCCCCCUCCUCCCCCUCCUGUUAAGACCCAAAAAGAGCCAGAGCAGGACAUGAUUGAUCUUCUGAGCAUCACAUUGUCGACGUACCCAUCAUCACCUCAGACAGCAGUAACACCUCCAUCAGCUUCAAGUCAGCAAGGGUACGCUCCCCACGACAGUUAUGUUGCACCUUGGGCGCAGCGAGCACUUCCUGCGCCUCAGCCUUCCCCAUCGUGGGCUGCCACAGAUGCUACCCCGAGUACCUUUUCGUCAGCCCCAUCCUCUGGUGCCGAUACUCAUGCUGCUUACUUGCCUGCUUAUUCUCCUACGCCUCUACAGCAGUACAACUCCUUUGGCUCUAGGAUCAAUGGUACCACCACCACCAGUGUUGCCGCCAGGGAAACACCGGUGAAUUUAAUUCCCAGACACAGUGGGACUACAACUUCUGCAAAACCAUACGUUCUUCCUAACAGAUUAUUUGAAGAUUUGAUAGAUUUGAGAAGCACCAGUAGCGGACAAAAGACGGGUGCAGCAUCAAAUCAACCUAUGAUCGGUGGGAAGAAAUAAGGUCUCCUCAUGCAUUGUUCAUUGCCUUGGUACUACGUUUCCUUUCCUCAUAGGUGUCCGGAUAUAUAUAUGUAUAUAUAUCCCAUGUAUAUCUUUUUGUUGAUUCUCUUUUCUGCAAUUGAAUUGGGUCUCUGGAGCUGAAACACAUUUAUGUACAAAAAUAAUCAUACUAAGAUAAACUUGAGAUUGGCAAAAUCGUUUGUUGG